AUGGCACCUAUGUGGGAAAGUGAUGCACCCUCCAAUUUCCCCAAUGCCGAAUGGGAUCCUGGUAGAUGGAUAGACGACGAGCAGCACGGAGAUGAGAGCUCUAUUGAUGGUGAUCUUAUCAAACAAGUAAAGCUUGGAGGUUUGCCAAAAGAUGUGAGUUUUGCCCAUACAUCGCUGUCAAAAUUUGGACAAAGUGAAGAUAAUGCGAUUAGCUGUAUCGUUAAUCAGAAUCAGCUACUUAUUUGGAAUUUUCAUGAAGAUACACAACCAGUCUCCUACACUUUCGAUGAUUCGCACGGUAAUGCAGUGGCGCACGCGUGGCAAGAUACGGAAAACAUCAUUGUCGGAUUUUCUGAGGGCAGUCUUGCGCUUAUUUCCAUGGCAGGACCAGGCACAGGAAAGGAACUCCUUAGGAUUCGGGAGUAUGGUGAAGGCUUACUCGCACUCGCUGUCUCAACCAAACUUCAGCUGCUUGCCACCGCCAGUGAUGAAUGUAUUAAGGUUCACGAAUCGAGCAAUGUGAAUGAAGUGAUUGCGAUAAUAGAAGUAAAUGACGCGGAUCCGGAGAAAGACUCACAUUCGUCAACAAGAGCCUUUCCACGGAAUCUUUUUUCUUGCUCUCUGGAAUGGUCAGAUGAUGGACAGUUAAUGGGCAUCGUCUCACCUAGGAACGUUCUCCAUGUUUUCAUAAGUCGGCUGCCUUUAAUGAGUAGUGUUUCAUCUGCAGGAAUCGUGGCCAGGUUCACGUCUCUUCUUGAGAUCACUUUGGAGUCAUUAUGCGGUGAUAUGAAGACUAAUCAGUUGACUUCUCGUGCCGUUCCCGUACGUAUAGAACCCACCUUUAUGGGAAUCGGUCCUAACCAUUUAGCUGUUGGUUUAGACAACAGUGCCUAUUUCUACAACAUAUCAAGUACAGAAGGUGUCCGGGUUGUCAGCGAACGCACCUACCCAGAGACAGUGCGUACAAUCAAACUGAAUGGCAGUUACGCGGCUGCAGGCACCGUCACGGGUCGUGUUAUUUUUCACAUGAUUGAAUUUGAUAGCUUUAAUGCAAAAGUGCUAACGCUAGUCGAAAAUGAAGGUGGACAUUGCCAAGUUUACAAUCAAGGCAAGUUGGAAGCCCAGGACCUGCCUGAUUUGGUGCAUUCUUAUACAUUGCGGGAGAAGACUUUUCCGCAAAGUGACGGACGAGUAAUUGAUUUUGAUCUUUCGGACAGUUUGCUAAGCUAUUCGACCGAUUCUAGAAAAUUAUACCAAUUUCAUAUUGGUGAAUGGGCUAUUGUCAAUACGUACGAACAUUACUGUCCAAUAACUUCACUAGCCUCUACAAAGUCUGGAUGCGUACUUGCCUUCAUCGACACGCAACAUAAUGCGUACAUUUUCAACUCGGUUUCCUCAACCCUUGUAGAAGUUCCUAACUCUCCUGUCGGAAUGAGUCGCAUUCUAUGGAAUUUCGAUGAUUGCGAGAAUCCCCUGCUGAUGGCUGUUUCAAAUGAUUUUCUCAUAAUCUACCGAUAUUUCGUUGCGAGUAUCUUGCUUUCUGAAGACGAAUGUGCUAAGCAGGGCCGCGAAGUGUCGCUUUUCGGUGCAACGCUGGAUUUUAGUCGGUCAUUUGAAGGAACUACUGGAAAUAUGAAUUUGCUAGCGUCUGAGAAAAAGACUCCACAGAUUGCAUCUCCACAAAGGCACAUUCUGUCAUCUCGAAGAGCCGCGUAUGGACAAUGUCGCUUACUUGACCGUAUGCGCCUACCUCCAAACCACACGCCUCUUGGCUUUUUCGCAGAGGACGUUUGUUUCCUUACCCAAAGUGGUAGUUUAGCUCAUGCCACUCUCCCCAGUCACACAUUCAGAAAUUACACGAAACCGUAUGCCAAAAACCGUGGAGCAGGACCUGAUGUCGGUUUAGAGAAUACGUCAGAUGCGCGCGGCACUAAGCAGACCUCUUACAUAAAACUGGAGAAGAUUCAGGACGAGAAAAGUAAACAUCUGGACAACAGUCUUAUUUCACACUUUGAGAAGGCCCUAAACGCCGGUGCUUUCGAAGAUGCUCUGAUACUCGCCGACUUAAUUCAGCUGCCGUUGCGAUGGCAUCAACUUGCUAGGGCUUGCAUCAUUUGCCUCGAGUUUGAUCUCGCUAUCCAGGCUUUUCGUAGGCUAAAUGACUGUGGCUCAGUACUUGUAAUCCAAAGGCUAAUGAAUAUUGAAGAGAAGCAAUUAUUGUACGGCCAUGUUUGCAUGUUUCUUGGCGAAUUCAACCAUGCACAGGAGUUCUUCCUUGCCUCUUCCAAGCCCGAGGCGGCAUUGGAGAUGCGUCGUGAUCUACUGCACUGGGAUGCUGCUCUGCAGUUGGCUCGGAGUCUGCAGCCCCAUGAGGUUCCCUUUAUCAGUCGAGAAUAUGCUUUCGAGCUUGAAUGCGUCGGAGACUAUGUAAAUGCCCUGAUGCACUAUGAACGAGCCCUGGAACGUCCAGCGACUAGUGACAAACAUACAGACCACAGUGUUUUCGAGACAGAAGCCACAACUAUACUCAAUGGUGGCUGUGACGGUUUUGGUGACUGCGAAUUCGACGAGUGGGAUGAGCACGUAGACACUUGUAGUGCAGGAGUCAUCAGAAAUACCAUCCGUCUUGGCGACCAUAAGCGAGGCUUAUCCAUGGUACUGAAAAGCCCCAGCCUAGCUCUAAAAAAGGAAUGCGCGUCAAUUCUGGAGCAAGCACGGCAAUGGUCAGAAGCUGCAGCUCUCCAUGAGGCCGUUGGACAGAUGGAUGCUGCGAUUGCAGUCUACCUCAAGUCGAAAAACUACAAGAAGGCAGGUGAACUACUGUGCACAACGAAGGCCUCUUGUCAGUUGUAUCUGGAGUACGCCAAGGCGAGAGAAUCAAGUGGUGCGUAUGCAGAGGCUAUUUCCGCCUACGAAAGUGCUAAGGACUGGGAAUCAGUUGUGCGAUUAACUCUGGACAAGAUGAACAACCCCACCGCAGCAGUGAAAGUAGUUAGAGAGAAGAAGAGUGUAGGGGCAGCCAAGACGGUGGCUCAGUACUUCACAAAGGUGGGCGACUUCGCGUCUGCCAUUCAGGUCCUUGUGCUUUCAAAAUGCCACGAUGCUGCAUACGAGCUUGCUUUGAAGCAUCGCAAAAUGGACGUUUACGCCAAUGUGAUAGGGAGGGGCGGUUCACCCGACAAAUACAAAAGCAUCGCCGUCCACUUUGAGUGUGAAAGGAAUUCUCUACUGGCCGGGAAAUUCUUUCUAUACGCCAAACAAUAUGUAAAAGCAGUUCGCCACUUGCUUCAAGUACCUUACUCGGACACAUCGUCGGCACUGGAUCUGGCUAUAGAGGCCGUGGGCGAGGCGAGAGACAAGAAGUUAACUAACUUGGUAAUUACAUAUCUGAUGGGCGAAUCAGACGGCAUUGCGAAGGACCUGCGGCACCUCUUUCGCCUCUACAUGGCCCUCCACCAAUAUCGCGACGCCGCGCGCACUGCUGUGAUAAUCGCACGUGAGGAACAGUCAAACGGAAAAUAUCGCAACGCUCGUGAUCUCCUCUUCUCCAUGGUGCAGGAGCUGCGACAGCGACACAUCAAGGUCCCCGUUGAAAUGCUGGAUAACUUGGGCCUCCUUCACUCCUACAUUCUCGCCAAGUGUCAUGUCAAAUUUGGCAAUCACAUGAUGGCCGCCAGGCUGCUAAUUCGCAUUGCGCAAAAUAUCAGUAAAUUCCCGUCACAUAUUGUGCCGAUUCUGUCGAGCACCGUCAUUGAAUGUCAAAAAGUGAAUCUAAAACACACGGGUUUUACGUACGCCUCAAUGCUGCUGAGAACAGAGUACAGGGAAAAAAUAGAUUCGCGCUACCGUCGUCGAUUCGAGAGCAUCGUCCGCCACCCGGAGAAACUCUCGUCCGAAGAAGCGGAGGCACUCAGCGCCGCCACCCCUUGCCCCUUCUGCUCCGAUGCUGUGGCCGAGUACGAGCUUACCUGCGGCUCCUGUCGAACCCAUCUGCCCUACUGCACUCUCACGGGUAAACACGUCGUAAAAGAAGACGUAACUCUCUGCCCUAAUUGUGAUUUUCCAAUGACAUACACAACCUUAAUGUCUCACAUCGAGAACCAACCGGAUCUAGCUUGUCAGAUGUGCUCAGCACCACUCGUGAGAGAUGAAAUUCGUCGCCUUGCGGAUGCUGUGGGGGUUCUCCUCAGAUGGAAUUUGGGAUUAGGCGAGCCAGAGGCAGGUGCGCAGACGCCGACAACUGCAAGGGACGCCAGCAUCCAACAGAGCAACACCCUCGGCGAGACCUUUAGAUGA